AUGGCGUCCUCAAGACUAGUUGCUCGCUCAUCGCGCGCCCUCCUCUCCCUCCCGCGCACCCAAUGCCGCACAUUCAGCAUCUCCACCCUCCGUAGCAAUGAGUUUGAAGCUCUCAACAAGCGCACAAACGACACCUCCGAGACGUACCGCAAAUACCAGAUCGAGAGACCUCUGAACCCUCACCUGACCAACACCACAUCUACCAUUGCCAAUGAGAUGCCUUCAAUUGGCAAUGACGCAGCCCCGCCCGAGCUGAUCACCAACGCCGACGCCAAAUUCGCACCCAAGGAUUCUGUGCCCGAGAACACCGAGCGCAUGACAGGCGGUACACAGGGCAGCAAGGAUCAGGACGUCAGCGGAGCGAACAGCGAACUGGGUGUUGGCGAGAUGGAGGGCGCCAAGUUCAAGGUCGAACCUAUCCGCAGGACUGGCGAGGACGCGAACACCAUGCAUCAGAGCCGCAAGAGGGGAACACUAGAAAGUGAUCUCCUCCUCAGCACCUUCGCCGACGCCCACCUAAGCACCAUGUCUCCUUCCCUGAUGCAGCAAUACGACACCUUCCUCGACGAGAACGACUGGGAUAUCUACUACUGGGCGACUCAAGAACCCACACCUACGUCUCACGAGACAGCUGAGGGCGGUGGCGCUGCGAUGUCCAACCCCAAUGCACAGGGCAUGGACGCGACGGCACAGACGAAGCUGCCCGAGAAGGACGAGCGCAAAAGACAACCUGGAGAGGGCGAGUGGGCGCAGACUGUGGGCACUUUCAAGCCCGCGUACAGGCCUGUGCCUAGCAGGUGGAAGGGCAGCGAGAUUCUCAGCUUGCUCCGGAAGCACGUCAACGAGCGCAAGGCAGGAGGCGUCAUCGAAGGCGAAGGCACCACAAAACAGGAAGGAAAGGGUCUCGGCAUGAUGCCUGAGAUCAAGAACUUCGACCAGUAA